AUGGACAGAACCAUGGAUCUAAGGGACAUGGACUUUGAGUCUGCCAUCGUGGACGACGAUAAGGACGCCGACGUCCCCGUAAACGCCCUCAAUACUCCACAACGCCUGGGCCGCUCGCCCUUGUCCAAGACGCGCUCCAUGUCUGAUGGAGGAGGAACUCCUUCCAAGCUCACUCCUUCACCGCACAUUGCGGAUGGUCGCCAGGCAUCCAAGGACGAUAACCACAUCAGAGACACGGCCACCACACCCGUAACCCCUCACCGAACCGAAUUCCCCCUCCGCGGUCUCUCGCUGCAGAUGCCCGCGAACCGCGACCCUGCCUCCCCUGCAGCCAACUCGUCCACCGCAUUUACGAAGCCCGCGCCGCUAUCACCGAAGCUCGACCACUCGCAGAUCUAUGCGAGUCCGACAAAUAUUCUCCCUCGUCGCUCCCGCGGCCUCGACUUCUCACGCGCUGCCACCAGCCUGCACCACUCAACACUCGCCGAGUCCUCACCCGACUCCUCGCCUACGAUCGGAGGAAGGGGCAUGAAUAUCCCGGGACGCAGGAGCAACGACUACGGACAGGCCGAGCAAACCACCAACUCGUUGUGGUCCAUGAUGGGCAACCACGAGCGCAUGACGGUGUCGAGCUCCCUGGGCAGCGCGAAUCAGAUUGGGUCAGAUUCUUCUUCCGACUCCGACGACGAUGAUCUCAUGGAUGAGGAUAUGGACGAGCCGUACAUUGGUACACCGCAAGCCAACAAGACCGCCGCGCCCUUGGGCACACAUCCCAUGAUGGCACCCUGGGGAGGCUCUCCGGCAAUGAACAGUCUGAUGAGCUUCCAGCAUAGGCAGCGGCAAAGGAAACAGCCAAAAAAGAAACACAAACUGCCACUGGGUCUAGGAUUCAGUCCUAGCACAAAUGCCGGUGUCUCAAAGUCGCCGCCAAACAACGUGCCCAAAGACAUGUCGGCACAUUCACGUAGGGAGAGCAUUAGCUGGCAGGCCAACCAGUUACAUAUCUCUGGGAGCGAGGAAGAGCGCGGUGAUAAUAUCGACGGUCUACUCUCGACUCCCAGUCGUGAUGGGCAGCGCCCUACAGUCAUGCGACGGGUGGUUACGCAGCGUAGAAACCUGCUACCCAAGACGAAGAACUUUGCUCGUAUCAGGGCGGCUUUAUUCGAGGAAGGUGCGCCAGUCGAGACGGAAACCCAAAGAGAGGCCGAAGUCGUCCGUCAAGUGCGAGAGAGUGACGUCGAUCUCGGAGCACCUCGUCAACAGACCGUUCCUCCCGCUACUACCCACUCGUCGCCCAACCUAGGGAACCAAGACCAAUCCCUCGACGACAUACCGGAAAGCAUGAUCACCGACUCGGCCCUCAAUCUCUCGGGCAGCUUUAAGCAACAAGCCUUGAAGAAUUCAAAGGGCACCAAGUUCUGGGAUACCUUCUCCGAGUCUAGCAGUAUCGGCGGUGCUCGCACAACGCCGCCCCCGCCUAACGGAGGACUCCCUCGCGGCUCAUCGUCAGGAAUGAGCGAAGACAUUUGCAUGGACUCCCCGUCACUCGGCCCUACGGCUGGUUUUGCCAUGGCCGCAAGCAGCGGGGAGUCUCAAAAGGGAGAUACUCCUCUUCUCGCUCAGGCUCCGCAACCGGCACCCAGCGCAGCGGAAAUCACACGGCGGAUCAACAGCAAGCGCAGGCGGGAGGACGACUACGAUCCCGUCAGCCUCAAGCGCCGGGCAGUAAGCCCAGGCAUGAGCGUGCACAACUCGCCCAUCAUGCAGAGCCCCAUGCAACGCGACGUGGCGCCCUGGGGGUCGCGGCCCGGCAGCAACAGCGGCGAUAGGGGCGGCAGUGGCGCGCCGAGCGAGUCGGGAAGCCUUGGAGGCGGCACGCCCGGUAGCGGCGCCAACGCCAACGGCCGGGUAGUGAACGGGAACAAAGGACGCGUUGGAUUCCAGGGCAUGGUUGAUACCAACGACGGUCUGAUGCGAAUGAGCAUCGAGUGA